AUGGCAAACAGCAAACACAAACCCAAGCAAGUCUACACAAAAGAGAAGGCCCGGCAUCUUGUCCGAGUGUACUUGUCAGUACUCUGUGCUGUGCUUUUGAUCGGAUGGUUGAAUCUAUUUAUCGUAAAUCCCAUGAAAACGGAUGCCAAGGAAAUGGCACAUUUGGACCCCAGCGAGAUUGUCGCAAUUCCUUCGGAUAUUCGUAAGCUUACAAUUUUCACAGGACUUCCAGUUGUUUUGGUCAUGUUGCUAUGGCUCAAGUACGCCGCAAACAGGUUAACUUCGAAUCUUCUAUCAUUGAUGAAAUUGACGCUUGUAAUCUAUGCACUAUUUGGGGUUGCUGGGUCCAACAUUGUUGAUAACUACAAACAUUCGCUCACGGCUGCUCUUUAUGUUGCCGCUUUGGCUUCCACGACAUGGACGGGGGAGGAAACCUCCAACGUUCUCAAAGAGCUUCCAUUCUCAGAUCCGUCAGAUAUCAUAGCAUUUUGCCGCCUCUAUGGAAUGAUCCUGACAUCUAUUCCAUUUUGCGUUACUACCAUUCUUGACGCAGGAAUGCAAAUCCAACGUUGGCCACUACCUGUUGUUUGCGGAGCGAGCUACGGAUACACGAUUGGAACGAUGAUUGGUGUCACCGCACUCUACUACCAAAGAAAAGCCAAAGAAGGCAAGGAAACAUAA